AUGGCGACGUGUUUAAAUUCGAAUGCGCACCAAAUCUCACAACUGUUUCCAUUUUACGUAACUGUUUUUCAAGAGUCCUCACCCCGUUGCGUCGGCACACUUAUAACCUUGUCCAAAAUAGUCACAGCGGCCAGGUGUUGUCAGUACAGGGAAACUUUAAGUUCAGCGCUCGUCAGGGAAGAUCUGGACAUGAAAAAAGCCGUAGCGGUCGUCGGCCUGACAGACGAAAUGAAAAUAGCAAAUUUUACUCAGGUGAGUCGGAUGAAAGACGUCAAGAUACACAGUCGAUUCGAAAUGAAAGCUGAUGCUUUUUCUUCUUACGACAUAGCCACGGUUAAGCUAGUGAAACCGUUUCAAUCCACCAAAGCGGUCCGCCCGAUGACCAUCGUGUCCGAAGACCCGAACUUAUUCCAGCGUAGUUGGGAGACUCAAGUUUCACCGAAGCAGUGCGUCAGCAUGGCCCCAAUGCACGGUCGUUUCAGAAUAAUCGCGUUGAGCCCCUGGUCGAAGACAAACUGCAACCAAAUGAAAAGAAGAAAUACGGAAAGCGAUGAAAUAUGUUUGAGUCUCCGCAAUUUGUUCGACAAGUCUGCCUUAAAAUUCGGAUCCCCGCUCGUCUGCGAGGGAUUCAUUUUUGGGUUUUACCAAGGGUGUUACAGGUUCCCGAUCUUAUCCUUCACCAGUUUUCACAACUACAUUGAUUUCUUGGACCUACACGAAAAAGUUGUAAAGACCCCCGACAGAAACCCAUCGAAAAAAUUUAAAAGCAAUAAGGACACACAAUCAAACGGGUACCUCUUCCGUUCGCCCCAUUUCCUCAUCGGUAUUCUAUUAUUUGCGAUUUCAUUUCGAAACAACGGAUAA